CACUACAUAUGCCUACCUAGGUAACCUAGGUUAGUAUUACCUAGGUUAGUAGGUUUCGUUCUCGAGUAGAAGUGGGUAGAUGUGAUUAGGGCGGAUCAUUCGCUAGCUAUUUUAAAUCCCGCCAUCUUUCAGUUUUCAGUAUAUGGCGAUGACUUACUUGUAGACUAUAGACUAACUAUGCUCAGUAUUGUCAUAAGGUUCGUGCUAGCUUGGUUUUAACGAGUCAUCCACUCGGAAUGUGCUUUAUUUAUUAUAUUCCAUAAAUCUCUACUGGUUUCGAUUAAUACCUACGAAGUGAUCUGGAGAUCUGAACAGAAGCUCUCUGACCAAUAAAGCUGUAAGCCAAGGUUUUGCCGAAUAUCGAUGUUUUCUUCAAUGGAACGUUAGCGUAGAAUGAUUGCAUUUUUACGUAACCUUUACGGCUUGAACCAAGGUAUCGCAGGUAUUCGCAGGUAUGCUUCUGAACAGUUGCAUGUAGGUAGAGCGCUGUAUAAAAGCACCUACCCCUAAACCCUAAUUGCUCAAGCCGUUUGCCUUCUAGGUUUUAAAUCUUUAGCGAAGCAACCACUUAUUGAAGCUACGCUAAAUCGUCAUGGCUAAACAAUCUAUGUCAGAAUAUCUGCUUUCGAGUCCUGAGAUAAGCGAUCUCUAUGAACGAGCUACGCAAACGCAGUUCCUCAGCCUUGCUGGUCAGGGCCAGCUUCCCCCAGACGUGCUCUGCCAGUGGUUAUCUCAAGAUCGGCUCUAUGCCCAGGCGUAUAUCCGUUUUGCGGGAGGGCUGAUAUCCCGCAUUCUGCUACCGACCCAGGUAGAUGGGCAGGAUACCUCAAAGACGCUGCAAUGGCGAAUCCUGUCAUUACUGCAGACUGCAAUGUCGGGAGUCACGAGGGAACUAAAGUUUUUCGAAGAGGCUGCUAAGAAGUACGGGCUGGACCUCGAAGCUCUCGGACCUGUGGCGGGAGGAAGUAACCUGUUACAUAAAUCGGCUUUAUUCGGACCUAAUAAAGUGACGAAGAACUACAUCGACAUGUUCAACUCAUUCUCUGCGAGACCUAACGGAGAUUUGUCCAAGACUCUCUUAGAUGGGCUGGUGGUACUCUGGACUACGGAGAAGGUGUAUCUGGACUCCUGGACCUAUGCAAAGCAGCAGGCUUCGGAGAAUGCAGAUACAAAGGGGGAUCUUGACGGCGGGGCCUUAAGAAAGGAGUUUAUCCCUAACUGGACCUCUGAGGAGUUCCAAGCUUUUGUGAAGGAGUGUCAGGAGUGCCUGGAUGCUUAUGCUACUAGUCAGGAUGAGGAUACGGAAGAAGUCAUCGCGGCAAGCUCCAUGGUAAUCUUCAAGAAAGUCCUGGUGCUGGAAGAGUCGUUCUGGCCGAUGGUGGCUUGAAGACUAUGCUGUCGAGGGUGUUUGAGUUGGGGAGGUGAAGUUAUCUAGAACGAGACUGUUACCUAAACUUGUAUAUUCACGUGUGGCUGAUGUAGUUAUUGCCCUAGGGCCUAGAGAUACCUGUUAUAUUAGAAGACUGGAUCAACGUUGCUUGUCUUCAUUUAAAUGAUACAAAAGUUGACUGAGUUGAAAUAGUUGUCUGCUGUAGUUGCUGUAGUUGCUGUCUCUAAUGACUCGUUAGUGCGUGUAUUAUUAGAACGAAGAAUGGGCAAACCUCAGGUAACUAGUUGAAAUAUAGCAUACCAUAGUUGGACAAACAUGAUAUUCUAUAUUGAUCGGUUCAAUGUUAG